AUGUCUAGAAAGAUCGUCACCGUUGUCGGAGCCACUGGGCUUCAGGGCAAGGGCGCAGUUGCUGCCUUCAUCGACAACCCAGCGUACCAAGUCCGCGCCAUCACGCGCAACACGUCCAGCGCCGCCGCCCAGGCCCUCGCGGAAAGGGGUGCCGAGCUGGUGCAGGCCGAUCUCGGCGAUCUAGAGUCGCUCAAGCGCGCCUUCGCCGGCUCGCACAUCGUCUACGCCGUGACCAACUUCUUCGAGCCCUUCACGGCCCUGCAGAGCCCCGAGCGCGCCACCGAGGUCGAGGUCCAGCAGGGCGUCAACCUCGCGCAGGCCGCCGCCUCGGCCCUGCCCACGCUCGAGCACUACAUCUGGAGCACGCUACCCGACGCACGCACACUAUCAGCCGGCAAGUACGUCGUCCCCCACUUCGACGGCAAGGCGCGCGUCGACGCCUACAUCCGCACCCAGCAGCCCGCGCUGCUCGCCGUCACGACCUUCUUCUGGGUGACGUGGUACCACAACAACUACGUGUGGCCCGUGUUCACGCCGUACUGGAUCGCGACGGCCAACGCGCACGUGCAGUUCGCCAACUACGCGCCCAGCACGCCCAUCACGACGCUCGGCGACGUGACGGUCAACAUCGCGCCGUUCGUGCGUGCCAUCGUGGCGCAGCCGGCCAAGACGGCGCGCGGCAACGUCGUACUGGGCGCGCUCGCCACGCACACCGCCGACGAGCUGCUGCAGAUGUGGGCGCGCGCCAGGGGCACGCGGGCGCGCUUCGUGCAGGUUGGUGGCGAAGACUUCCGCGCCCUGUGGCCGCUGUGGGGCGACGAGAUGGGCGUCAUGAUGGAGUUCUGGGACGAGUUCCGCGACAAGAGCUGGACGGCGCCGGCCGCUGCCGCUGCCGAGCACAAGUACACGGUCCUGACUGGGGACGAUAUCGGCGUUGAGGGCCUCCAGGGGCUCGAGGAGGCGUAUAAGGAGCUGGAGCUGUGA